UGUUUUACGCAGAAAGUCUCCCAAGUAAAUAAUUUUGUUUUCUUGGAUUGCAACGUCAUCCUCUGCUUUGGUUGCAGUGAGUGAGGCUCUUACCAUGUCACUAUUUGCUAAAAGAAAAGAAACAGAAGCAGUUGUAUAAUAGCUUUAGAGCCAAUUAAUAAAAGUUUUGUACUCAUGCUGCUGUCCAGGCUUGUUAUAAUGAACUUACAUGGCUGCAUCCAAUAUUUUAUGGGGCAGUAGAGAAAAAUCAUUAAAUUAAAACUAUAGUCGAAAACAAGGUUUGUUUAAGCAGAGGAAUUGAAAGGAAAUGAAGCAGGAGGAUGACCUUUUGCUGCAACAAAAUGGGCCAAGAGGCUGCGGCUGUGAGUCAAAAAGCAGAUGUAGCCAGACAAAAAGAGUAGGUGAGCAGGACCGACUCUCUGUGUGAGAGGAAAGCUUGUGAGGUUUUUCUCGCUGUGGAUAUCUAGAAUAGAGUUUUCUUUGGCUUCUGAACAAAGUGCUGCAAAACUAUGAAGAUGCUAGCAAUGAAGGAAAAUCCUAUCACAAGUAGUGUCUUCCCAGAAGCUUGGAAUUCUCUGAAGUCCUUUUUACAUGAUACCCUUCAACGCUUGCAGAGUUUCUUUGGCCAAGAUUCUGUUUGACCUUCUCACAGUUGUUUCUUCUUGUGCUUUGUGUGUUGGGUGGGUGGAUGGGGAGAGAGAAUGACAUAAAAUAGAAGGCGCUCUGAAUGCUCUUAUGCUGCCGAGACUGCCUACGCUGGACUUGGCUCUGGGGUUUGUAAGUAUGCAUAUCUCUCUUUCUCACUCCUUCGCUCCCUCCAUUCCCGCCCCUUUUAGAGGUAGCCACCCCCGAGCUGCUCUAGGAGGAAGUGCAGUUGGUUAUUUUAAAAUAAGGGCUGUCAUGAUUUGCAGCAUGGGGAGGAGGCAGAGGGAUAAACACAGACCUCUCUCUCCAAACUAGGACUGAAUCUUUUUCAGGGCUGGCAGCCUUUCCUCCGGCUGCUGCUGCCCCAGGCUCUUCACCUGCAGGGACUCUUGCUUCAGCGCCGGAUCAGCCUUCCCAUUCGUUAUGGAAUCCUUUUUCAAAAGGCACUUCAGGAAGAAGGCUGUCUUGUUGGGGUCCCGGCGCACAAGUGUGCUGAGUCUGCCUGCCAGCAAAGCAAGGCGGCGCUCUGUAGUGGGUCAGCCCUCCACCGUACUGGUACAGCGCCGGCGUGAAUCCAGUGUCCAGAUGCAAGGGCUGUCCUGCUUGGGCUCCCGGUGUAGGCCUCAGUUAAAUUCUCGCAGGAGAUCCAGCACCACCACCCCUCGCUUGAGCCCUAGAUUUUCUGUCCAGAAGAAACGUGGUGGCCGAGUUCGUGCCAUAGAUACUCAUCUCAUAGGGCCUUCCUUACUGCUAGCUAGCCUCAUCCAGGUGUAUAAAGAGGAGGAGGAAAGGAAGCAGGUGCCUUGUACUGGAAGCUGCAGCUCGGAGUCCUCGAAGGAGGGACAGGUGGAGAGUGACUGGAGUGAGGAAGCAGCCUCCUCAGGCUCUGAAGGAACUGGUCUGACAACGGAACAGGAGGGGAAAGAGCUAAAAGCUAUUGCCAAGUCUGGUCUCCAGCACAUGGUAGCCCAACCAGCCCCAACACUAGCCCUGAGAAGUGAUUCAGAACGAGAAAUUCGCAGUACUGUGGACUGGAGUGAGGGUGCAAUUUAUGGGGAGCAUAUCUGGUUUGAAACCAAUGUCUCUGGGGACUUCUGCUACGUGGGGGAGCAAAACUGUGUAGCAAAAAUGCUGCAAAAACCUUUCUCCAAACGCAAGUGUGCAGCCUGCAAGAUUGUAGUCCAUACGCCUUGUAUAGAACAGCUAGAGAAAAUAAAUUUUCGAUGCAAGCCUUCCUUCAGAGAAUCUGGAUCAAGGAAUGUCCGAGAGCCUACUAUUGUACGGCAUCAUUGGGUGCAUCGGAGACGCCAAGAAGGAAAAUGCCGACAAUGUGGAAAGGGUUUCCAGCAGAAAUUUGCCUUUCACAGCAAGGAGAUUGUAGCCAUCAGCUGUUCCUGGUGUAAGCAAGCAUAUCACAGUAAAGUUUCAUGCUUCAUGCUGCAGCAUAUCGAGGAGCCCUGCUCACUCGGGGCACAUGCUGCUGUGGUCAUCCCUCCCACCUGGAUUCUGAGGGUCCGGCAUCCUCAGAACCCACUAAAGUCAAGUAAGAAGAAAAAGAGGACAUCAUUCAAGCGAAAGUCCAGCAAGAAGGGGCCUGAGGAAGGGCGAUGGAAGCCCUUUGUUAUCAAGCCUGUCCCAGCCCCCCUCAUGAAACCACUGCUAGUGUUUGUGAACCCCAAGAGUGGUGGAAAUCAGGGUGCAAAAAUGAUGCAGUCAUUUAUGUGGUACCUCAACCCACGACAAGUUUUUGAUCUUAGCCAAGGAGGCCCCAAAGAAGCGUUGGAGAUGUAUCGUAAAGUGCACAACCUGCGUAUUCUGGCAUGUGGGGGAGAUGGCACAGUGGGAUGGAUCCUCUCCAUCUUGGACCAGUUACGACUGAAUCCCCCUCCUCCUGUGGCCAUUCUUCCUCUAGGGACAGGAAAUGACCUGGCAAGAACACUUAACUGGGGUGGGGGAUACACAGAUGAACCUUUGUCGAAGAUCCUUUCACAUGUAGAAGAAGGAGAAAUUGUGCAACUUGACCGCUGGAAUCUACUGGUAGAACCAAACCUUGAGGCAAACCCUGAAGAAAAGGAUGAGACUGCUACAGACAAGCUCCCUCUUGAUGUCUUCAACAAUUAUUUCAGCCUUGGUUUUGAUGCUCGCGUGACACUGGAAUUCCAUGAAUCCCGAGAGGCAAAUCCAGAAAAAUUCAACAGCCGAUUUCGGAAUAAAAUGUUCUAUGCUGGGACAGCAUUCUCUGAUUUCCUCAUGGGGAGCUCUAAAGACUUAGCAAAACACAUCAAAGUGGUGUGUGAUGGAACAGACUUAACUCCUAAGAUUCAAGAUCUGAAGCCUCAGUGUCUCGUUUUUCUAAACAUUCCAAGGUACUGUGCAGGCACCAUGCCUUGGGGAAAUCCUGGAGACCACCAUGAUUUUGAGCCUCAGCGCCAUGAUGAUGGCUGCCUUGAGGUCAUUGGUUUCACUAUGACCUCCCUGGCAGCGCUGCAGGUGGGAGGCCAUGGAGAGCGCUUGCACCAGUGCCGGGAGGUACUGCUUACUACAUCCAAGGCCAUUCCCAUGCAAGUGGAUGGAGAGCCUUGUAAGCUGGGAGCUUCCCGUAUUUGCAUUUCCCUGCGCAACCAGGCCAACAUGGUGCAGAAGACCAAGAGGCGCAACUCCAUGCCUCUGCUCAAUGAUCAGCAGCCAGUUCCAGAACGGCUGAGAAUCCGCGUAAGCCGAAUUGGCAUGCACGACUAUGAGGCACUUCAUUAUGACAAGGAGAAGCUCAAGGAAGCCUCUGUGCCCUUGGGGAUCAUUGUUGUGCCAGGAGACAGUGACCUGGAGCUGUGCCGGACACACAUUGAGAGGCUUCAGGAGGAUUUCCCUCCAUGCCCUUCCACUAUUCAGAGCCUAUUUCCUCAGGAAGGGGAUGGAGCCAAGCCAAAGACACUGUCAUGCCAGAAGCUAUCCCCCAAGUGGUGUUUCUUGGACUCAACAACAGCAGACCGUUUUUAUAGAAUAGACCGUGCCCAGGAACAUCUUAAUUAUGUAACUGAGAUCUCCCAAGAUGAACUCUUUGUGUUGGACCCAGAACUUGUGCGCACCCAGACAGUGGGCACAUCACCUGCCAUGCCUGACCUUGUUGAUGUGCCCUCAACACCCACCAGGCAACACCUUUCUCACCCAGUUUCACCAUCCACAACAUCAGAUUCCAGGUCAGAAAUGGAGAGCAGCUGUUCGCUCAAAGAUGAUGUUUUGAUAGAUGCUGCCAAGAAUAAUGAUUUCCAAAAGUUCAAAGAACUGCACCAGGCUGGAAAGGACUUGAUGAUGCGUGAUCACUCAGGCCAAACUGUCCUGCAUCAUGCAGUCAAAUCAGGGAACAAGGAGAUUGUCAAAUACAUAAUUGAAAAUGCUCCUGCAGAGAUUCUGGACAUGGCUGAAGAAGAGAAGGGUGAGACCAGUUUACAUCUGGCUGCAACCCUUCGCCAGCGCACAAUUUGCCAUUACAUUGUGGAAGCUGGGGCAUCACUGAUGAAAACUGACCUGCAGGGAGACACGCCCAAGCACAGAGCCGAGAAGGCAAAUGACCCUGACCUGGCUGCCUACCUCGAAAAUCGACAGCACUACCAGAUGAUCCAAAGAGAGGAUCAGGAGACAGCAGUGUAACGCUCAGCAGUGUGCCUUACCCCUGCCUAGGAGAGCAGACUGGCACAAGAGCUUGGCCAGCUUUUCCUUGAAUACCUAACAAGGAGAGGAAGAAAAGUUUGGUUUGGGCUAAGCCACCACAUGGUUAUUUAUUAGUGUAAUGGAUGUUGAACAGUGCUGACUCCAUUUGUUCCCACCACCACAUUCCAGGGAUGGACUCCACCACCUAAUGUUUCCUUCCUACCAGCCUCCAGGUCCAGUUGAGGGUCAUGGCUUCUCCUUUCAGAGUAAAGGGGGGGGGGCUUGUUUUCCUUCAACCACCACAGAGCCCCAGUUGUGAGGCCCUAUCACCUCACAUAUGAUGUCUCCAAAGCACAGAACCUGCAGCCGUUUCAGGCUGUCUGCUGCUCAAUCUCAUUUAACCUGGUUCCUAGCAGUAGAUGCUGCCUUUUCCAACAGUUUCACCAGUAGCAGUGUUUGUUGUCCUGAUAUGCCCUGUAACGGGAGGAAUACUAGCACAAUUCUGGGGACAUAGUAGAAUGAAGGGCUGGCAUGCUGGUGAUAUAUUACAACCCUGCCUCUGUUACCCACACAUCAUGGUAUUGAGGGACUCACACAAAUCUUGAGUUACAGUCACAUGGGCAAGCAUUGCUGGAACCCAAAUCAGGUCAUACACCAUUCUAUCAUGCUUUCCAGAGCAACAUAUCCUCUGCUUUUCCCUUUGGUUCAUUCAUUUUGCUCUGUUGACUCCUUGUUGUGUGUCCUGUACUAUGAGGGGUGCUUAUGUAACAGGAUGGAAGUGCCUGGUGUGUCCAGGGAACAUUGCGCCCUCUUUAGAGCAAGCUGUUUCAAGCUGACUUUUGAGCCUGCUGGACUAGACAUUUCGAGCAAAGUGCCUCUUCUUCAUCUUUCCUUCUUUCCAACUUCUCCCUUUCCUCCAUUCUUACAUACUGCUUUUCCUCUUCCUUUCACACACACUGAGUUGGCAAAUAGCCUAUGCGAAUAUGAACAAGAGAUGUUUAGGUAGCACUGUGUUGGCUCAGAUGGUGUGGUUUCAAAACUCACCCUUAAUAGGCUACCACCUAGUUAGGAAUUAAGGACUCUUUCUGAGCCAUUCCCUUUAUGUUUUAGGGUGGUAGGUAGGAUUGACUGUUUCAUACACUGGGAUCAAGGGAGUAGAGUAAUCAACCAGUGUUAAUGCCAUACACUGUAUCCAUUUAUCCAGGGAUUAGGAAGCUGCCAGUGCUAGCAGUAAGAGCUAGAAAUGUUUCUGCAUAGCCACCUAAUUCCUUACUUCAACAGGAAUGGUCUUUGCAGUUCAUUCCUAAAUCCUGUCUGUGCUUACAUACAUUCAACCUCAUGCAUUUUCCAGCUGAAUUAUUAGAAAACGUAUCCUUUAUACUAUGCUGUGACCAAAUAGUCCUUCACUUUAUCCUAAAAUCUUUUCUUGCCAAGGUCUUUGCCCCUUUCCUUUCUUUCUUUCUUUCUUUCUUUUUUGUUAUGCUAAAAAAAACCUCAUUGUUGGAGGAACCUGUGCUUUGUUAGGGCCAGGCACAUGUACUGAGAGUCAUGUUCUCAAUAGGGAAGCCUAUGUUUGCUCUGAGGUAUUCUGAAUUCAUUGCAUUUAACCAGUUUGCAUAUCAAGCUGCUGUAAAGCGAGUUUCAGUUACCCUCAAAAGAUGUUGAGCAACCAACUAGUCUGGUGUUGAAUCCAAAUGGUGGAGAGGGUUAGUCACUAUAUGAGGGGGGAGCUCUGAUAUGUAGUUUUACAAGCUUAAAAUCCUAAGAACAGACUGACAGUGAACAGAACAUUUAUGAUGAGUUUUAAGUCUUGAAUUUGUGGCAAGAAUAUUUAAAUUUCAGUACAUCUGCAAAUUGAUCUUAAACAAUUGGGAAAUGACUGGCUUUCUAUGGGAUAUGAUCAAUGUCAGAGUGCAAAGAAAAAGAAACUGGGAUUCUGUCAAAGGAGUGUUUGCCUUCAAAGUCAUGGUCAAACUGAUGGGGAAAGUUAGUCUGCACACAAGACUAAUCAAUGUUUGUUUACAAUAACUUGAAUCAGCAGGAAUGAAGUGCAAAGACUGAUCUUGAUUUGCCACAUUUUGAAACACUCAGCAUGAUUAGGGUCAGGAGAGCAGUGCAUUUUAUCCAGAUACCAUUCUCCAUUAGGGAAUGAUUUGAGCCUGCCUGAAAGUUUGUCUUCCUUUCAGACUGACUUUACUUUUUGUACCUAAUGCUCUCAUGAUUUGUGGAGCUUUUGAGAAUUCUCGAUAGCAGCUCCAAGGCUUCAGUGCAUAUCUGUAUGACCAUUUGGGACUUUAUUCCUCCUAUCUACCUAUGUCCUGCUCCAUAUGUAGAGAUAGCAUCUCAUAACAAAGAUCAUACAAACAAGCGUAACUACAGUCACAAGUCCUAGAAAGAGGUGGACAUGACUACACCAGACGUUCAUUCAGAUACUGUAACCUGUGUGACAUUUUUCUUGUUUUCCUCUCCAGAGAUGUAGAAAAAGCAUACAAAGCUCUUCAGGCAAUUAAAGUCCAUAUGCACUUUGUAGACUGAGUUAGCAGGUCUUUGUUUUUAGACAUCUGCCAUGACCAGUAAAGGCAACCUCCUUUACUGGCGGGCACUGCAGAUCAUGGGGAAGAGCAUGUCUUACAAUCUUAGAUCAGGGAUAGGAGCUCUUAUGAUGAUGUUGGAUUGUUAACUCCAACAAUUCCUUACUAUAUUGGCUGGGGCUGAUGAGAGUUGCAAACUAAACAACAUCUGGAGCAGGCCUACACAACCUAUGGCUCUCCAGGUGCUUGUGACUCCCAACUCCCAGAAGCCCUAGCCAGCUUGUUGAAUGGUCAAGAAUUCUGGGAGCUGAAGUCCAGAGUACUAGGAGGGCCACAGAUUGUGCAGAGCUGAUCUGGAGGGCCAUAGGUUGUCCAGGCCUAUCUUAGAUAGUCACACGGGGCCUCACAGUGCUGUGGUAAGAUUCAUAUUUAGGUCUUUUUAAUUUGUGCAAAAUUGUUCUUCUAUAGCUGGAUGUAUAGGCCAGCCUCCUGGAAGCUUUUAUACCCCAUGGGCCUGCUGUCUCUUCUUCCUUCCUUUUAUAUGUUGUCUUAAACUUUGUACAGGUAGUUCAAAAGCACACUGAUUUCCCCAGUUUCUAUGUAUGUGUGUUUGUGCACGCGUGCGUGUCCUAAGCUGAGUUGCUGUGCAAUUCAAACCUUGGCUUAUUUUACUCUGAGGGGGAGGAGUAUGUUUGAGGGUGAAUCCCCCCCUCUUCCCGUGCAAUACCUACUUCCUCUUCCCCUAGAAUUUAAACCAUUAGGACACUUUUUUGAUUGUAUUUUUUGUAACUGUGUUGGGAGCUUGUGCUUCCAUUGGCUUUCCUCUUGGACAGUUUAAAUGUUUUGUUGAAUUUUGCCAUUAAAAUAUAUGACAGACAUUUUA